AUGAUUUGCAAAGAAUAUUAUGAUGAGAUUUGUACAUUGCUCUAUCGGCAUAAUCAAAUGGAAAUCAAACAAAUGAAAGAAGAUUGGGAACUCAGUCGAAAAAAGGAGAGUCAUCAAGAACCAAAAGAACAUACAAAGUUACCUCAGCAACGGUCCAAUACCAAUUCUGAGAAGAUCAUUCUUUUGAAAGAUGAUUUGAGGCCAUUUAAAAUUGAUCACAACGUUGAGAUUAAAGGCAGAACAUCGAUAGCAAUCGAAAAAAUGGUUAAUAAACGAAGAACUUGGAUUGGAAUAGAAGAUGAUGGAAGAUUUGAGCCAAUUCAGAUGCCAACCGCAGGUGUAACACAAGAAAUACAAGCAAGAAAUGCAACGGACAAGUGCGUAUCCGUAAAGGAAUCGAGUGGACAGGAAACAGCUGUAUAG